UUCUUCGCUUUAUCUUGACAGCACCGUCUCCGAACUGUUCACUUGCAUAAUUCCGUUGCCGUGCGUUUCGGUCCAAUCUAAAUCAUCUCAAGCAAUCUUGAAUCAGAUCUAAUCAUGUCCAGCGUCUACCACGACUACUCGACCUUCAAGAACGUCACCUCGUUCGCCGACUCGUUGCAAAACUUCCAGCAGGUGGAUGGCCUCAACACUUUCGAACAAAUAUGGGGUGCCUACUACUAUUACAUGGGUAACGACUUGUUUGCUACCGGUUUGCUUUUUUUUGUCACCCACGAGUUCUUCUACUUCGGCAGAUGUAUCCCAUGGAUGAUCAUCGACAGAAUUCCAUACUUCAACAAGUUCAAGAUCCAAGACACCAAGCUUCCUUCCAGUAAGGAACAGUGGGAAUGUCUCAAGUCUGUUUUAACUUCGCAUUUCCUCGUUGAAGCCUUUCCUAUAUGGUUCUUCCAUCCUUUGUGCCAAUACAUUGGAAUCAGCUACCAAGUUCCUUUUCCAUCCGUCACCGACAUUUUGAUCCAGUUGUCUGUUUUCUUUGUACUCGAGGACGCAUGGCACUACUGGUUCCACAGAGCCUUACACUACGGAGUUUUCUACAAAUACAUCCACAAACAACACCACAGAUAUGCUGCUCCUUUUGGUUUAGCAGCUGAGUACGCCCAUCCUAUUGAAGUCAUGUUGUUGGGUUUCGGUACCGUCGGUAUUCCAAUUGUUUGGUGUGUCUUGACUGGAAACUUGCAUCUUUUCACCAUCUGUAUCUGGAUCGUAUUGAGAUUGUUUCAAGCCGUGGACGCACACUCUGGAUACGAAUUCCCAUGGUCGUUGCACAACUUCCUUCCAUUCUGGGCAGGCGCAGACCACCACGACGAACAUCACCACUACUUCAUUGGCAGUUACGCUUCUUCCUUCAGAUGGUGGGAUUUCGUCUUAGACACCGAGGCAGGCCCAAAGGCUAAGGCAAGCAGAGAGAGAAAGAUGAAGGCUGCUGCUGAAAAGGUACAAAAGAAGAGUCAAUAGGCAACUCAACAUAAGAGCUAGAUACUGUUAUAGAAUACUGAAAAGCCAAUUUUCCACCAAUAAUACAGAACAUAUUC